UUAUAUCUAUCUAUCCAAGCCACCAAACACUACUAAGCUAUAAACUAUAUACAUAGGAGUGUACUCUAGUCAUGGCUCUUUUUCUCAACUUCCACUUGCUUUUCAUUGCCUAUAUAGCUCUCAUUUCUAUUCUUAUGAACUCAUGUUCUUGCUUCAAUCCCAAGCGCUUUAAUGUCUCAAAGUACCAAUCUUAUUCUGACUGGUCCCCUGCUGGUGCAACCUGGUAUGGAAGCUCCACUGGUGCUGGGUCCGAUGGUGGGGCAUGUGGAUAUCAAAAUGCAGUGGAUCAACCACCAUUCUCUUCUUUGAUAUCAGCUGGUGGCCCUUCUCUAUAUAAAUCAGGCAAAGGCUGUGGAGCAUGUUAUCAGGUGAAAUGCACAGACAAUGCAGCUUGCUCCGGUAAUCCGGUGACGGUAGUAAUAACAGAUGAGUGUCCCGGUUGUGUCUCGGAAUCUACUCAUUUUGAUUUAAGUGGCACUGCUUUUGGAGCCAUGGCGGUUUCUGGCCAAGCUGAUCAAUUGCGCAAUGCCGGAAUCUUACAAAUACAAUAUAAAAGAGUCCAGUGCAACUAUCCUGGAGUAUCGGUGACCUUUCACGUGGAUGCUGGUUCCAACCCUAACUACUUUGCUGCUUUGAUCGAGUACGAAGACGGAGAUGGAGCACUUUCUGGAGUUGAUCUCAAACAAGCUUUAGACUCGAACUCCUGGCUUUCCAUGCAAGAAUCUUGGGGUGCUGUUUGGAAACUCAACUCAGGGUCUACUUUGCAAGCUCCAUUCUCAAUAAAGCUCACUGGGGAGUCUGGGAAGACAAUUGUGGCCAAUAAUGUAAUUCUGCUAGGGAUCUUUGGUUGGCAGCCAGGAAAAAGCUACAGAUCAGUUGUCAAUUUUAAGGUCUGAUGGGAAAAUUUGUAGUUGAUCACUGUAGAAGAUGGUCUACAAAGUCUACAUAAUAGACUUCGGUUUGGCUUGUAAUACUCUAUGAAUAAAAUAGAGUUAGCCCAUGUAGAAAAAUGUGGCUGGCCUUUUCUUUAAUCUAAUUAUUCUCCCUUCA